AUGUCAUUCAGCUUCUACUGGGCUGUGAAGCUUCUCCUGGGCACAGUCGACAGAGCCGAUCAAACCUGGGAUAUGACGGACAGUGACUCGCAGCCCGCCCUCUUUUAUGCUGCCGCCAACCACCACCCAGGGGUCGCCAAGCUCCUCAAGAACGCCGGAGCCAACAUGGAGGCCAAAAAGUAUGGCCAGACUCUCCUCCACCAGAUGGCCAGCAUCGGAGACACAGAAGCGGCCCGCAUUCUCGUCGAACUCGAUGCGAACAAGGAGGCACGAGACAACAGUGGACGCACGCCAUUGUAUGUGGCAGCACAGGCAGGCCAGCGCGACACUUUCAACAUGCUUCGCGAGAAAGGUGCCGAAAAGGACGCACAAGAGGAGAAAACCGGAAGAACUCUCCUUCACCAAGCGGCCUAUGAUGGCAGCGUGACGGCCACGAGAUUCCUCAUCGAGGCCGGCGCAAACAUGGGAUUGGAGGACAGGCAUGGACAGACUCCGCUUUUGUUCGCCGCCAAGUGCGAUCAGCGCCAGAUUGCAGCUCUUCUGUUUAGCGACAAGGCAGACAAGAAAUCACCGGACGACAAGAAACAAAUACUCCACCGGGCAGCUCGUGAGGGUCACUCUAUCGCCGUCGGAAUCCUCUGUGAAAUCGGCUUCGACAAGGAGGCUCGAGAUGGUGAGCGUCGGACGCCACUGUACGUCGCGGCAGAACAUGGCCAUCAAGAUGCCUUUAGAGUGCUUGUGGCCAAUGGCGCAGAUGGGAGAGCUCCCGACGCCGAACAUGGAGGCGAGACUCUUCUUCACCGGGCAGCUCGCGAGAACAACGUGCACGCCGCGGAUCUUCUAUUUCUUGAAGAAGAUGUGUGCAAUGUUCAAGACUCCGAGGGCAGAACUCCCUUGCACGUCGCAGUGACGCGUAGCCUCGGAGUUGUCCAGAAGCUACUCAAGGUCGAGGCCGACAUCGACAUCGCCGAUGCAAGAGGGCAGACGCCGCUGCAUGCUGCAGCUAUCCGGGGGAACGUUGACAUCCUCACCGCGCUUGUGGAUGACGACAACUGUCAGGGCGUGAAGGACAAACGUGACAACCAGGGCCAGACAGCCCUCCACGUCGCCGCCGAGUGUGGCAACGUUGAUGCCGUCCAAGUGCUGAUCGACGAGGGGCUGGAACUUAUAUCAAGAGACAUUGACGGCCGGACGCCGCUGCACAUGGCGGCAGAAAGGGGACGCGUCCGCGUGAUCCGGUGGUUGCUAGCUGCUGGGGCUCACAAGGAUGCGAGGGACAACAAAGGCCGCUGUCCCCUCCUUCUGGCUGCCAUGAGCGGCAACGACGAGGCCAUAAAGCUUCUCACCAACCCUGGGGACUUGGAAGUGCCAACCCCUCAAACUAGGGACGAAUACGUGCUCGCCCUCCGCAAGUAUGCCAAGGACGAGUUGGGAGGCGUCCUCGUUGCCAACGACAAGCGCAUCAAGGAGGUGGCGAGGAACUCGGCGGCCAUUGUUCCUCGCAUCUCCAAGAGUUGUAACUUGUCUGGCCACGAGGGAGCAGACCUUGCGAAGCUGAUGCUCUAUGACAUUGUUAUUCUCUGCGAUGACAGCAAGUCGAUGCAUAAUGAUUGUGCCAUUUCCAUGGACAUGGACGAUUCCGGAAUCAGCGUUCGCUUCCUCAACUACGAAAAUGAUGAUGGUGGUGAUUUCGACCGCUUAAAGGAUGUGGGAAUCGUGCAAGGAAAGGUGGACAAGGUUUUCAAAGUCAAGAGGGACGGCUCACAACUAGGCACCAAGUUGAAGGAAAAGGUUGUGAAACCUAUGGUCGAAGACAAGUUCGCAGUGGGAGAAUUCCGCAAACCGUUGAUCGCAGUCAUGAUUACCGACGGAGAAACUACUGAGAACCCAGACACUCUGCCAGGACAUUUACGCGACUGCCGCAAGUUUCUUGACGAUAAUCAAAUUAAAAAGGGGUCUGUACUAUUCAUUUUGUCGAGGGUCGGUGAUGAUGAAAAAGCCGCUCGAUAUAUUCAAAGUAUCGAGGGCAAGGGCGAGACGCGAGACUUGGUGUAUUGCUCGCAGGGGAGACUGGAAGACAUGCUCGACGCUGCGGAUUUGAAAGGUAGAAAGGCCCCGCACAGGUAUGCGGUCCAGCUAGUCCGAUUGUUCCUGAACGCGCUUCCGCGGAAAGACGCUGAGAAGGCCUCUUCUUCCAAGCCCUCUCAUCCCUCCUAG